UCGUGCUUGUGUAAUGAAUUCAAACCUUCCGCCAAAUACUGCGAAACUGCAACUUGCGAACAGUUCUCAGGUCAACGUGUCAGAUAUUACCACCGUUGUCAACCAAAUAUUAAAGGGCAGCAACAGUGCAGUUAUCUUGGGUAAAGCACAACAGAACCUUGUGACCUCUGAAACCAAUAUAAACAGCAGUGUACAAACCUUUCACAAAUUAUCUGCUCUGGUUACACAUCUGAACUACCAGCAAGAAGCUAUUACAAAGAGCAUCAAGCAAACAGAGUUGGUAACAGCUCAACUCGGUGGGAUUACUCAUUUGUUAGGCAACAGUAAUUCUAAUUGAUAUGGUGCAGUGGUCCCGCACAGCAGUAUUGCAACUUUAUAGAACAUUACUGCAGCGAUCUCAUACACUUAAAUACACUGACAAAAAUCAUUACAAAGGAGUUAUUCGGGCAGAGUUUGAAAAGUACAAAACUCUCACGGAUCAAGAAGAGAAGCAACACCAACUUGACAAAGGCAAUUUUUACUUAAAAAACGAGCGAGGAGAGUUGGUUUAAAAUCACUGUUACAAACAAUGUCAGCUUAUAGACAGGCAAUGUUGUCUGUUGCUCCUGAAAGACUUGAACAAUUUUCAUUGGCAAUGAAACAAAAUAUUGGAGAGAAAUCAAGAAAAAAAGAGAGAAAGGAUUCUGAUCGAUCUGAGAGAAGUAGGAAGCGAAAAAAAUCUUCUCCUCCAUCUUCAAAACAUAAAAAGAAAUCGGAACAAUCGAGCAAAUCCAAGAAACGACCAACAAGUGAAAAAGAGAGAGAUAAAAGCAAGAAAAAACGGAGCAAAGAGAAAAAGAAGAAAGAGAAAAGUGAAGAUGAAGAAGAACCACUAACUGGUGACUCUGAUAUUGAAGAUAAUGGUCUAGAUUUGCAAAAUGUUCUUCACCCUCUUGCUUACCAUGUAAAAGACAGAAAAGCAUUAAUGGCUCAGGUUUUUAAAAUAGUCAAUGUUCCGAAGUUCACAGCAAUGUUGCCGGAUAUAUUAAAGGAUAUUCCCAUUAACGAGUUACAAAAGCUUUGCUACAAUAAUCUUGAGGUUAUGUCCACAAAACGCAUCCUGUGUGUAUUAUCAGGAGAUUAGAUGCAUUCCUCAUCUGGUACAGAAUCCAGUGAAGAUGAAAGGGAGGCAGAAGCUCAACCAAAACUUGAAACUAAAUCAAAAGAAUCCAUUGUGCAGACAAACUUUAUUGAUUCCACAACAUCUUCUGGAUGUGAAGUUCUCUCAUUGCUUGCUGAUGGAUCAAAACGAGGUCAAUCUCCUCCCGAUCUUCUUGUUUCAACUUCUGCUCGCUCGCAUGCGAUAAGGGAGGAUUCUUCAAGCUCUGAAGAAUCAACCACUGUUGAUGAAGAAGUGAAAUUUGAGAAAAUUGUUACUGCAUCAAGUUCUGCUCCAAUCCCUCCAGCAGAAGAUGAACUUGAAACUGUGGAGGAUAUUGUUGAAAUUGAAGAGGAAGAAACAGAGUAUCAGGACAUGGUUGAUGCAUUGCUGGAGGAAGGUCUUCCACAACAGAAUGCCCAGGAAGAGGUGGUGCAGGAAGAAAAACAACUUUCGCAACUUGAGAUACUUGAACUACAACUACGUGCACGCGCAAUUAAAUCGUUAAUGCGGAAUGUACAGUCAAGCACAGACUAAUUGAACUACAAUCAUGAAUAUUUGUUUUUAACGUAAUUUUACCACAGUGUAUUGCUUGUCAUUGUGUAUUAUAACAGUUGAUUUUCAAAGCAAUUUCACUGCGAACAGUUCUAAUGUGAAAAUAAAAGUUUUUCAGAAUUUGCUUUAA